AGCAACCUUCCCUCACCAAAGACUGACGUUCUACUCUUUGCACAAUAACAAAACAAACUCCGAACUGAUGAGUGUUUAAAGUUAAAUUCAGUAUCCCACUCAUCAUACAACGAGUUUUCAUUUUAUUAAUUAUGUACGAUUUUGAAACUGUUUCAGGGUGAUAUUCAGAUAUAGCCUAAACUCUCUCAAACUCUGAUUUCUUUUCCUAAGUCCUAUGCCUAUACAUACUGACUUUGACACACAAUUUAAAUAUUGUCCGGCCGAUUAACAUGAAUGAUACAUCAUUUUAAAGGGCUAGCUAUAAGCUUUACAUCAACACCAAUUUCAUAUUUCUAUCUUUUAUAGACAUGGAGUUAUGAUUUUUUUGGUAGUAUUAAACUGAAAAAACGUGUGACCCACUUUCCAUGGAUUUUAAAAGAUAAUGCUACCAAAUUUUCAGGAGACAUUCUCAAUGCAAUAUACAACACAAUAAACAACAAAACUUUUAUAUAAUAUAAUAUAACGUCAAGACUUUUAUUUUUUUAUAUAUUUAUUUGUGGGUAUGUUCAGAAAAAAGUGAACAGAAAAAUUGGGAAUAUCAUUAUCAGAAAACCAAAAAAAUAAACAUGUUUAUUGAAUUUGAACUUAUUUUAACCCUGCCUUCGAACCCUUGGCUCCUGGUCCUAAAAUUAAAAUGCCUAUGCUCCUGGGAAAAAUUUCCACAAACUAACACAUAAGCAAACAAAAUUAAAUGUUUAUAAAAUUAAAUACAUUGUUAAAAUUUCAAUCUAAAUUUGUCUGUCUGUAGUCGAAAAGUAUAUAUAGUAUAAGUUUAAGGAUUACGAGGUGGGUAUUCAGACCCGAAAAAUAGUGAGAGGUUGGGUUUAUUAAAAAAAUAUUUAAAAUAUUAUUGUUGGGUUUGUAAGACAAAAUUUGGUAUCAAAUGAGAAAGGUAAUUGAAUGGACUAUAUGUUUGUAAACUUACUUCUUCAGGUUAACUAAAAUAAGCUACCACAAAUGACAUCCGAAUGACCAUUUAGUUAAGAUCAAAGAACAAAAGCCUCCAACAUGUUGGCGGUGAUAAACAAAAUCAUUUGAAAGAACUGGUAAUGAAUGUCCAUUUUAUUGUCAAAAUCCAACACUAUCCAUACGGAAUCAAGUGCUCGUGAGACCACUUCGUAUUGUAUUGUACGUAGGUAGGCAUCUCUGGGAUUCAUUAGUUGUGAUAAGUGAUGGUUGCAUAAAAAUAUUGUUAAACCCUGAAUGAACAGGAUGUGAUUAUAUGGAAUUCAGUGAUCAUGUUAUAGUUAUAAUGCACAGCUGACAACACAUUAUCUCCACUCACUGGUCAAUAAAACAUUGUUCAAUAAUUGCAGUUUCAAAGUCUUAAACUAAAGUAAAAGUUUUCUUUCGUCAGGUAACCAAGUGAAAGUACUUUAUAUUAAACAAUUAGCCUAAAAACAAUUAUAUGGUUUCAGAAUCACAGACAAACUGAUCAAACAUGAUGAUCAACCUAAUGUCAACACUUUGAUUAAAAUGUCAGAAAUAACUGAAGAAGUUGGCAUUUGGCUGUCAAAGGCACGUCCACCAAAGGUUAGCUUUUGAUAUUUUAAAUCUUAUCUUUAAUUCGAUUACAUUUUUUAGUACAUUAUUUGGGAAAAUAAGAUGCAUUAAUUUUUUUAUUUUAUGCACUUUCUGAAAUACAUUUGUAUUUUCAUCUGCAUUUAAAUUCUUUAUUUAACUGUUCAGAGUCUCCAAACACGAAAGUGCAAUAACAGAGGACAUACAAAGCCAAUUACAAAGAAUUUAUCUUCCUGUAAGAUGAGGAAGAAUUAUUUUGGUGGUGGGACUAUCUCAGCUCUUCUAACACAGAAUUCCCCUGCGCCUCCACAGCUGAUGACCGCAAGGAGGCAAAGUGCCCUCACGGAUUUUUUUUCAAGACAUGGUUUGUGGUACAAUUUUAUAGUUGCUCUUUUCACUGGCGAUAUCAUAUUAAAACCAAAACUGAAUUAAAUGUUGUAGACCUAAAACAGUUAGGAAAACAUUUUUUAGGAUGUGACUAAAUGAUCCCCACUCAAUUCACCUUGCUCUUUGUGUGCCAUGAGAAGAGUGCCGAAUGAUUUAAGAAAGUGGACAAAUUUGCCAUGCAAAUCAGAGUGUUGUGGAGUGAGAUAAAUGUGGCCAUGACUGGUUUUGAAAAUUUGCUGCUUUUCUGCCUAAAACGUUUUAUUAUAAUGUGGACCUCCUCUCUGGGUCUUCAUCAGUUGCCCUUUGCCUUUCAGGGCCCAGUUAAUUAGGACCCAGGAUAAACCUUGACACUAUUGACAGGCCAUUUGAAUUUAUUAGCUUGGCAGUUGAUUUUCCAUAUUGGCUAAGAAAUAUCUCAUAUUUAUUUAUCAAACUUAUCACUAAUGAGCCCUAAAACAAAUUUUCUUUGGCUUAAUAUUAAUAACCUAAAGGUUAGGGCAUUAUAAAUCUUACAUUCUGAAAGUAUAGAUUCUCCUGUGGUUAAGAUUACAGAUUACAUGAAAACAAUCAAAAUGAAGAUGAUUAUUUUUAGUUUGAUGAUGGACUCAAUAAACAAUAAAAUGGAGAUUAAAAGUUUAAAGCAAAAAAUGUCCACAAAAAAAAGCUUUAAAUAAGAAAGGGACAAAACAUGUUCACUAUGUUGCUUUUUCUCAUUUCAAUUUAAACAAAAUGUGAAAUGCUUUAUUUUUCUGACACUGAUUUACAGCUUUACACCUAUAAGAUUAUCUAACAUUCAUAGAAAAGUUGUGGCAAUGUGGGACAUUCCUGUUCACGCAGAUCAUACAAAAUACAAAUCCUAAAUAGUCAUUAAAUUAUCAAAUAAUAUGGUUUUUCUGUUGCAGAAAAACGUCUCCACCAAGAUGAAAGCAAUAGCUCAAGUGACCGAAUAGAUAAAGAUGUUAAAAACUGUAGAUCCCCAGAGUUGGACAUUGCACCAGAAGUAUCCACAGACAUUUCAUUCCCCAAUGUGGAAUGUUCUGUACUAAAUUCUCCUGCAUCACCAGAUAAAGCUUUGCCGAAGCAAGACAGACAGAGCAAAACAAAAGUGAAGCUGUCCUUUCCAACAGAUGCUCUCCUGAAUGAGUCUGUCAAAUUACACAAUGGUAUCUGUAACAACUUAUUCAUACAGCAAACUGGGCUACAUGACAUUUGUUGUAAUGCAACUGUUGAACGACCUGCCAGCAAAUCAAAUGAAAAUGUUUAUGGAUGUUGUGAGGAGACCAACCCUGUGUUGGAGAAAAGGAAAAUAUUGGAAGACGUUAAUGUGGAUAGUAGUUUAAUGAUUUUUCAUAGGAAAAAGUUAAAAAUAUUUCAUGACACCGAGCUGAGGUCAACAAGAGAAAACGUCCAACCAAAUUGUUUAGUUUCAAAAAAUAGCCUGCAUACAUCUCAAGUUUUGGAUCGAUCAGUAACAAAACUGAAAAUGCAGGAGAAUGCUUCAGCCAAGUUGUAUGAAAAGGAUUCAUUUUGUUUCUCAGAUGCUGAUGAAGUGACGGGAAAAAAACAUGAUAAAAAGUAUGAGAUGUCAGCACUUUUAUUUACCGAAUCCUGCAGUCUUGAUUUUAGUCCAGGUGAAGUCUGUGUCAGAACUGCUCGUUUACCCUCCCUUACACAAGAUUAUCAGUUUAAAGACAGAAAGGAGAAGCAUCUCUUAGAAUUAGGUAACCUGGAGUUUACUAAUAAUGAGUGACUGAGAAUUUGAUAGAACAAGUACAAGUGUUUUUUUAAAAAGGGACAAUCUGUAGGAGUAAAGGUGAGAAAUGAUGACUCUGGUCAUAGUGACCAGCUGGCAAUGACAAUAACACUUGAUUCUGGAAAUGUUGUGAGUGAACAACUUUGCGGAGCUCAGUAUUGCUCAACCUUCCAUGCCGCUAUGAUGUCUGUUAAAAUGUGUUCCAAAUAACAAAAAAAAUAAGUGCACAAAACAAAUGUUUUUUUUUUUAAAAUUGUUAUAAAUAUGUGGGGUUGGAUAGGUGUGUUGAAAAUAAUGAGAAAAUUUAAAAAGUCAUGGAGAGGAAGUGGUGUUGAUAAAUGCUACCAUUAAUAUGUCGUUAAAUUUUGCAAGGUGUUUUUUUAAUUGACAAAAUACCUUAGAGACCAUUAGGAGGUGUCUUAUUGGGAAUGAUCAGAUUGAACAGAUUAUUACCCUCUAAUGUUCUCUAACUUGCAAUUAAAGGUAAUUUCAAAAAUAAAUAAUGUUUGAUUCAUUUGUCACUUGUAGGAAUGGAAUAUUGAAGGACACAAACCUUUGAUUUGUGUGUGCUCUAAGUGUAUCCAAAUUCAAAAUAGAACUUAGAAGACAUAAAAAGUGCCUGAUUUGGUAUGGUAGAAGACUUGAUGUAUUUUUAAAAAUGUAUUGCAAUAGUUCCACUGAGGUUCAACUUGUUCUAAAGUACUAUAAUAUAAAAAUGAAGCAAUUAUUGCAAUAAAUUUUAAAAAAAAAGAGCAAACACAGCAGUUUUACUGGCAAUAGAUACUAUUUAUUGAUUCCAGUUUGAAGAGUUGGUAUUAAGACCAAUGAAUUUUAAAAUAUAAACUCAGAGUCAUCUGGGAUUUAUAUAAGAAACAACAAAAUAUGAUGGCGGUCAAUUAAAUAAUUGCAUAUUAAAAAAUUACAUUCACGUAUAGGCCUACAUUAGCAUGUUUUUUUAACGUUGCUCUAGGUCAUGGCUGUCAUAUUUUAAAAUUAUUGAUAAGACUUCUCUAUGUUAGGUAUUUUAGGAUUUUACUCAGUGGAAACUUAAUUUAGCUCCUCAUUAUGUUCGUUAGCACCAGAUGAGUCGUUGUAAACAGCUAACAACUAGAAAUCACAAGGUUUAUCGGGAAGUUAUUCUUAACCUGGAAGAUUUUAAUCAAACUUUUUUCACAAGGUAGAGGAAUAUCCAACCUAAAUCUGUGACUGGUGAAGAUAUGGAAAUUCUACUGAAAGUUUUUUCUCGUGGCCUGAAUCCAGAAAUGCUCAAAUAAUACCCGGUACUGGGAUUCAUCAGUAUCAACAAAUUAUUUUUGGGGGAAAAAAGGAAAAAAGGAGUGGGGCUUCAGAUGCAAUAUUUGAAAAUCUUCUAUAAAAAGCAUGGAGUAUAUUCAAUAAUUUUGAAAACUUGAAAUUUUAAUCCCACGAAGAGUGUGUUCAAAUAAUUUGAACUACCCUGUCUCUGUGGUGGACACAUUGGUACAUCUAGUGUGUCAAAUUUAUACAAACAUCACUUUAAAAAAAAAAGAAAUAAUAAAGCUUUAAAAAAAAACAGUUUGUCCACAAGCAGAGGACUUUAGCAUUUGACAUAAUAGAGAAAUCCGGGUGCCACAUUUAGCACUGAGAGUGCAGUUAACAAAAGUCAUUGUAGAUUGAGCAGCUGUUGAAAACAAAACCAAGAAUUGAAAAAUUGGUGUCAACAAACAAAAUGUUAAUAAACUACUUGAUUUAAAAAAUAGGUCUUUUUUGUCAUUAUUCCAGCACUAUUUCCAUUUGUCAUAAUUAUUUUAAUUCACAUUAUGUACAUAAAAGAUAGGUAUUUAUUGCUUUUAGAACAUUUUUACAAAUAUAGUUUUCUUAUUGCUUUCAGAACAAAUCAGUAGUUCUUGCAGCUUUGCUAUUCUAGUUCUAGUUCCACACAUUUUAAACAAAGAGAUGUGUGAAAUACAAAUUGUGUUACACAAAUAUUGAAAAAAGUUACGCAGUGCAACAUGUCAGGAAUGUAUAAGGAAAUACCAAUUUAAAUGGCUUUUAAUUUAUUAUAAUAUACAAUUAAAAUUGAAUUUUUACAAUAUGAUAUUUAGCACUUUAAAAAAAAAAAUUAUAUAGAUUCUUAAAAAAAUAAAAAAAUAGAUGUAGAAUCGGAAUGUUAUUUAUGUAGACAAAAAAACAACAG